AUGGCCAGGGGUGGGCGGCCGGGUGGCGCCUCUCCCGGGGUGGUCCUCCAGGAGGAGCGGACCGCAGACGGGGGCGUCGGAGGCUGCGCCCGGGACCGGGCGCCGCUCGACAGGGCGGCGGUGGAGGACGGCCUGCGAGUUCUCAGCACGUUCCUGCACGCUCGCGACGCGGGUCCGAACGCACGUGUGCGCUCCAGCUCGGCCUCCGCGACAGCGAGGGGGCACUGCUCCAGGCCCGCGGCGGAGGUGUCCAUGCCCGUCUCGGCGGCGGCGCGUGUCGCGGAGGGGGCCACCUCGGACUUGGGCCCGACGUGGGGGUCCAUCCUGCACUCGUCGGGCAGGUGCCGCCCCUGCCUCUUCGCGGAGCGCGGCUGCAGAAGCGGGGAGUUCUGCCAGUUCUGUCACCUCUGCACCUCGGCAGGGAGGAAGCGAGCCACCAACAAGAAAGGCAACCAUAGGCAGUUCUCGUGGCGCUGCCUCCGCAGAGCCACCGCCCGGGCGAGGGCGAGCGAUGGCGCGCGGUGA